UAAUACUACUCCCCUUACCAUCAAGGGCCCAGCAUUUUCUCUUUCAGACUCCCCAGGAGACUGAGGGCUUAAACACUCAGAAGAAAGGAAGACAAGGAAAAGGCACCCAUAGGCAACCAUGAAGAAGAGAGUGGCCAUCGUGGGAGCUGGCGUCAGUGGCCUGGCCUCCAUCAGGAGCUGUCUGGAGGAGGGGCUGGAACCCACCUGCUUUGAGAGGAGUGAUGACGUCGGGGGUCUGUGGAAAUUCUCAGACCAUACAGAGGAGGGCAGGGCUAGUAUUUACCGAUCAGUCUUCACCAACUCUUCCAAAGAAAUGAUGUGUUUUCCAGACUUCCCCUAUCCUGAUGACUUCCCCAACUUUAUGCAUAAUAGCAAGCUCCAAGAAUACAUCACUUCAUUUGCCAAAGAAAAGAACCUUGUAAAAUACAUACAAUUUGAGACAUUUGUAACCAGUAUAAAUAAAUGUUCUGAUUUCUCAAUUACUGGCAAAUGGGAAGUUACCACUGAAAAGAAUGGUAAAAAAGAAACAGCUGUCUUUGAUGCUAUAAUGAUUUGUUCUGGGCAUCAUGUAUAUCCCCAUCUACCCAAAGACUCCUUUCCAGGACUGAACCGUUUUAAAGGCAAAUGCUUCCACAGCAGGGACUAUAAGGAACCAGAGAUAUGGAAGGGAAAACGAAUCCUGGUGAUUGGUCUGGGAAACUCAGGCUGUGACAUUGCUGCAGAACUCAGCCACAUAGCUCAACAGGUCAUCAUCAGCUCCAGAAGUGGAUCUUGGGUAAUGAGCCGGGUCUGGAAUGAUGGCUACCCCUGGGACAUGAUGGUGAUCACUCGAUUUCAAACUUUCCUCAAGAACAACUUACCCACAGCCAUCUCUGAUUGGUGGUACAUGAGGCAGAUGAAUGCAAGAUUCAAGCACGAAAACUAUGGCUUGAUGCCUUUAAAUGGAACCCUCAGGAAAGAGCCCGUGUUCAAUGAUGAGCUCCCAGCCCGCAUCCUGUGUGGCACUGUGACUAUCAAGCCUAAUGUGAAGGAGUUCACAGAGACCUCUGCUGUAUUUGAAGAUGGGACUGUGUUUGAGGCCAUUGACUGUGUCAUCUUUGCAACAGGCUAUGGUUAUGCCUACCCCUUCCUGGAUGACUCCAUCAUCAAAAGCAGAAAUAACGAGGUCACCUUGUAUAAAAGCAUCUUCCCUCCUCAACUGGAGAAACCAACCAUGGCAGUGAUUGGCCUUGUCCAGUCCCUAGGUGCUGCCAUCCCCACAACUGACCUGCAGGCACGCUGGGCUACACAAGUAAUAAAGGGAACUUGCAUUUUGCCUCCUGUAAAAGACAUGAUGGAUGAUAUUGAUGAGAAAAUGGGGAAAAAACUCAAAUUGUUUGGCAGCAGUGAGACCAUCCAGACUGAUUACAUUGUUUACAUGGAUGAACUGGCCUCCUUUAUUGGAGCAAAGCCCAAUAUCCUACAGCUGUUUCUCAAGGAUCCUAGGUUGGCCAUAGAAGUGUUCUUUGGCCCAUGCAGCCCCUACCAAUUCCGGUUGGAAGGCCCAGGGAAGUGGUCAGGAGCUAGGAAUGCCAUCCUAACCCAGUGGGACCGGUCACUGAAGCCUCUGAAGACGCGCAUCGUUGGUGUUCAGAAACCUUGCUUAUACUUCCAUUUGCUCAGACUCCUUGGUAUUCCUAUUCUUCUCAUUGCUCUCUUCCUUGUGUUGAUCUCAUCGUAAUUCCCUCUAGAAUUUCUGAUAGUCACUGACAAUAACCAUGCAGGAGCCUUUCUACUGACAUAUUAAGAUUUUCAUACCUCUCCCUUUCCUGUUCAAGAUCAUUUGGCAGACUGGAAGGCAUUGAUUAGUAAGCAAGGCAGUGUUUGCUCUGGUCUUGGAAAUAAGCCUGGUUCAGAAUCAUACUGGUCUUCAUGAGGCAUAGUUGGUUCUCUUUAAGUUCCACUAACACUUCAUGAUGAGAACUAUGUGUUUAUGUCUAACUUGAAUUACUUCCUGAAACAUUUGGAAGUGGUCCCUUUUCUAUUUUAAACAAUGUUUGAAAGAUAUACUUCAAGUACAAACAGUGAAUAAAAUGGAGCAUACAGAAUAUGAUCUUCUCAGGAUGCCUCUCUAAACUAUUUGUGAGGCUGGGGAAGAACUUGGCUAUUACAUUCCAUUUCUAUAAUAUUCCUAAUGCUCCAAGCAAUAUCUCUUGCUCCCUAGCUAAGAAACAGUACAGAAAUCUGAACCACAUUAGAGGUUAGCUCAUAUUAGCUCAUUUCACUGAUAGGAAAAUCAGUAAAAUAAGGAAAGAAACUCUCCAACAUAGAGCAAAUAAAUCAUCAAACCACAAGCAAUAAUAUGUCUUUGAGUUACUACAAAAGAUGUUUUACACUUGAUCUUAGCCAAAAGGCCGAGAAGCGAUACAAAAGAUGUUUUUAAACAUGGGUUUUCCUAGUGCUGUGACUUGAAUAUGGUAUGUGUUCCCUACAAGGCACCCAAGGUAUAUGGCUGAGAGGUGAUGGAAACUUCCAGAGGUAGAGUCCAGCAGAAAAUCCUUAGGUCUUUCCAUGAAACAGGCCCUUGAUGGCUUUAUAAGUCAUUGAUUCCUUCUCUCUGGUCCUGGCUAGGUAUGCAGUUACAUUAGCUAGUGUUCCCACUGUUCUUUCUACCACAGUGUGAGGCAUCCAGCACUCAGCCUGUGCCAGUGUCACAUGCUCUCAAACUGUGAUCUGCCUCAGUUGUUUCAUCCCAGCAACAAAAAUCUGAGACAAUUAUUAUUCAGGAGUAGUGAGGCCAACAUAACAGGAAAUGACUGCCAUUCAAAGGCAUCUCCUUGUACACACAGACUCCCAAGGGAAAGCCUUCAAAACCAGAAAGAUGAGAUAUUCAACACUGUGCUCUAACAUAUCACAGAAGAAAUAAAAGUGUAUCUUGGCAGAAACAAAAUAAAACAUAUGCAAUAUAGCAA